AUGCGAAGGUAUUUCCAUCCUUUUAACCAUCUUCACGAGAGAUGUUCCACCUUUCUUCCUAUUUCAGACUAGCCAUCUUUUUUCUGGCAGUGAAUCUGAGAGAUCCCAGCAAGCUUACGUCACUUUCAAAGACUCACAGGGCGCAGACACAGCUAUCCUUCUGUCCGUGAGUUCGUGCUUAGUUUCUAGUAUUAUUGUGUUCUUUUUUUCUAACUAUCCCGGCGUGCAAGUCUUCAUAUCUGGUCAAGAAGGGGAACACAUUGUUCAUGCGUUUUCUCAUUGAUUGCUUGAUGCAGGGUGCAAUCAUAGUCGAUAUGCCUGUGAAUAUAAUCCCAAUUGAGAAUUACCAACUCCCACCCGAAGCUUUUUCAGGAGAGACGGUAAAUCAUUUCGAUUUAGUUCCCUGAUUGAUAUACCUAUGGAUACUAAGGCCACACGGUUUAGCUGCUCAGUUGUUCAAUAGCAUCAAUUCUCUGACAUUUCUGACAGGUGUUUGACAUCCAAUUUUUUUUUCAUCUGGUAUAUGUUUCAACUGCUGGACCUAAUAUGUCAAGCUCCAAGUCAAUGAGAACUCUUAGAGAAUCAGGGUCUAAUAAUGCAUACGUAGAUUCAUUUCUACAAAUUUUGUAUCUCAUGUGUUCCAACUCCUAUGAACUUUAGCUAUGGUUAUAAGUAAAUGAGACCAUUAUGCAGAUAAAUUUUGUGUACACGCCCAUCUGUGUGUCAUUAUUUUCACCUACUGGGCCUAGCAUAUCAAGUCCCAAGUUCCCAUACCUUAGAUGCUGAUUCGUUAUCUUAUUUCCUCUUAAACGUGAAGGGGAACGGAUUCCCAGCUGCUGACUCUGCGGUGAAGAAGGCAGAGGACAUGGUGAGCAGCAUGCUGGCCAAGGGGUUUGUCCUGGGCAAGGACGCCCUCAGCAAGGCCAAGUCCUUCGAUGAACGGCACCACCUGCUAUCCAAUGCCUCCGCCACCGUGGUCUCCUUGGACCGCAGGAUUGGGCUGAGCGAGAAGAUCAGCUUGGGCACAGCAGUCGUAAAUGAGAAGGUCAGGGAGGUGGACCAGCGCUUCCAGGUCUCUGAGAUCACAAGGUCUGCCCUUGCCGCCGCAGAGAACAAGGCCAGCAGUGCCGGCUCGGCCCUCAUGAGCAACCGCUACGUCUCCACAGGGGCAUCAUGGGUCUCUAGCGCUCUCAGCAAGGUUGCCAAGGCAGCUGAGGACGUGACCAUGAUGACCAGGGAGAAGGUGGACAAGGCCGAAGAGGAGAAGAAGGAGAUUAUCUACCGACAUAGAACCGGGAUCGUCAACGACUUCGCCCAGAUCCACCUUGAUGAGUCUCUCCCAGGGGAGCCAGCGAUUGUGCCUGUGGAUUCUGCUGACGAAAGGAAGAUUGCAAUCAUAUGA